CGUCAUUUGACCUCUCACCUCGCCGACAGGUGUGCGCAUCCCAUGGUGCACCGCGGUAGUUUCAAGAUGGCGGCAGGUUGAAGAGCUGUCAAGCUGUUGCACUCCUACAGCCUCCAUCAUGACCAAAAAACACCAGUUGGGAAGGUAGCUCUGACCUCUGCCCUGUCUCCCCCCUGUCUCCCCCUGCACCACUGUGAGGACAAUCAGCUAACAUGGCCGACAUCAAGACAGCACCAGAGAAGUAUGUCUGCACACUCAGCCCUGCUCUGCAGAAGAAGGCAGAAACCGAACUGAACGAGAAGUCUGCCUGGAGGGACCGCGACGUCCAAGCGCUGCGGGACAUGAUUAACGCGCGGCCGGACUUGAAUGCCCGCACAGAUGAUGGUUUCCUGCUACGUUUCUUACGGGCGAGGAAGUUUGACUAUGAUCGUGCCUUCAAACUGUUAGAAAACUAUUACCAAGUUAGGGCCAAUACUCCUGAGAUCUUUGAGAAAUUCCUACCAUCAGCAAUAACACAUGUGCUGGACAAAUCUAUUGUCACAGUACUGCCAGGCAGGGACAAGGAAGGAAGGAAGUUGAUCGUCUUCAGGCCAGGAAAGUGGGACCCAGCAGCCUGGCCCAUCUAUGACAAUGCCAGAGCACUCAUUCUGUCCAUGGAGAAAGUCAUAGAGGAUGAAGAGACACAAGUCAAUGGUUUGAUGGUCAUCAUGGAAGUCUCCGGCAUUACAGCAAACCACGCCUACCACAUUGGCCCGAGGUACGCCAGCACAAUGACCAACAUUAUUCAGGAGGCCUUCCCAGCUAGAAUUAAGGGCAUGCACUUUGUGAACGAGUCAGCUUUUCUGGAUACUGUCUUUGCUGUCAUUCGUCCCUUCAUGAAGGAGAAAUUGAAGCAAAGGAUAAAGAUGCAUGGUAAUGUGUAUGAGAGCCUACAUGAGCUGACAGGCACCGAGGUCCUGCCUACAGAGCUGGGAGGAGAGGGAGGACCACUGGAGGAAAUGGGCAAGGAAUGGAAGGAGAAGUUACACAGCUUUGAAGAUGCCAUGGUGGAGAGCAACAAGUUUGGCAUGUUGAAGCUGGGAGAACUAGGUAAGAGUUCAGUGGGAGAUGCCACUAUGGCUGGUAUGGUGGGCUCCUUCCGCAAGCUCAACACAGACUGAUGGGUCUGGUCAGUCAAGGGCUGAAUACUUCAUGUCAAACAACAAAUAAACUGACAGCCCUUCUAAUACCUUACACCUUACAUUAUGCAUUUGUGCACACACACACACACACACACACACACACAUCCUUGUUCUUGUACACACCCAUCCUUGUUCUUGUACACACCAUCCUUGUUCUUGUACACACCAUCCUUGGUCUACACACCCAUCCUUGUUCUUGUACACACCAUCCUUGUUCUUGUACACACCAUCCUUGGUCUUGUGCACACCCAUUCGUGUUCUUGUACACACCAUGCUUGUUCUUGUACACACCACCCGUGUUCUUGUACACACCAUCCUUGUUUUUGUACACACCCAUAUUUAUUCUUGUGCACACCAUGCUUGUUCUUGUGCACACCCAUCCAUGUUCUUGUACACACCAUCCUUGUUCUUGUACGCACCAUCCUUUUUCUUGUGCACACCCAUCCGUGUUCUUGUACACACCAUGCUUGUUCUUGUACACACCACCCUUGUUCUUGUACGCACCAUCCUUGUUCGUGUACACACCCGUACUUAUUCUUGCGCACACCAUGCUUGUUCUUGUGCACACCCAUCCAUGUUCUUGUAGUUGUACACACCAUCCUUGUUCUUGUUCACACCCAUCCUUGCUCUUGUACACACCAUCCUUGUUCUUAUACACACCAUCCUUGUUCUUGUACAAGGACAUGUUUUUGAGUCUUAAGUAGAAAACUAACCUGAGACAUGUUUAUGAAAAAGGAAUUUGAACAGGAAGAUAUUGAAAACUGUGCAGAAUUGUGUUGACUGGAUGAGAUACAACCCUCCAGAAGUAUACACUCAUUCAAUCGCAGGUUUGCUGCGAGAAGAAUGCUACAAAAUAUUGUACAAUUCUUAUUUUCUAACCAGUGGAGGCCAUAUUGUAUCCCUAGCUAGGGUAUCCUGCCUGGCUUUGAAAAAUUGAAAGAUACAGUUUCAAAAAUAUCUUACUGGUUGUGGCAGCCCUAACUAGUGAUGGUGCACUGUGAGUUUGAGCACCUAUGUCUCAAGUUAAGUCAUCAUUACAUGUUGUAUACGAAUGUAUUUUGGAUUUGUCUUAUAUAGAUGAAACAGUUUGAUGUUGUUAUCUGUUCAAUCAUACAUGUUGUAAUAGCUAUUCAUUAUAUACUAAUAUCAAUCCAGCAGAAAUGGAAUGAAGAACCACCAUAAUGACUGUCCAUAUUUGAAGUAGGCUUCAAGUUUCAUGGAAGUUGCCUUCAGUUCACUUCCUAAGAAAAACAUUUAGUUCAUUAUCUUAUGUGUUCGUCUAGAAGUCUCAUACUUAACAAUGAUGUUUCAUGUAUCAUCCAUCAUUAUAAUGGUAUUGAAGCAGACUUAUGUUUCUGUUGGUCACAUGUACACUAAUGUUCCCUGUUUACCGCAUUUUUAACAAAUGCCAAUAGUUUUCCUGUUCAAUAUUCUCUAUUUUUGUGGCUACAUGUUUGCUUUGUUUUUAUGCAUUAUUUUGUUAAUCAUUGUUAUCUUUGUAUGCCACAUUUUACAUCUACCUGGUAACAGCUUUUUCUGCAUUCCUCUACAAUACAUACAAUACAUACAUAAUUUGCAUAUAUUUUGUAUGUAAUAAGCAUUUGAUUUCAUCAUUAUAUAUAUCACUACUAGUAUGCAGGGACAAGUUUGUUCCAAUUAUUGUAUGGGUCACAUUAAUUCUGAUUAAUAAGAUCAUUGGUUAAUAUCAAGAUUGUAUAACUGAAGGAGCAGUAACUUAUGAAAAAAUUAACUUAAACAUCAAAAACUUGAUAUAUUUACUGCAUUGCCACUAUUUUGUGACUUUGGUGAAGUGAACUUUGCCGUUAGUGUGGGGUUUGGAAGUGUAUUCUGUUAUGCAAGUUGCUGGAUGCAAAGAUAUUUCAGUUUUAAACUCAUUCCGGUUUGCUUUUCAUUUAUCAUAUUCACUCCUUGCUGAAAUGUCCAAAGUAACCAUUUUAAAAGUCUAAAGGUACAUGUAGAUGUCAAUCACAAGGACCUUCUUUUCAAAAUUUUAAAGAUGUUUAAAGGAAACUUUACGACUUGAACUUUAAGUGAUGAAACUGGUAGCUACAAUAUGCAAAAAUUAACUUUUGGUUGCAAAAUCUAGCAAAAGACUGCUACACAAUGGCUUUAGAAGGAUAUUUUAGACACUUUAUUGUAUGCCUGAAGUGACCGGGGUAGCAUUUACAUGUGCAUUUAAAUUAUCAGUUACACACAUUGCUAUAAAAAUUACAUAUUUCUUUUUUCUGCAAGAGUAAUUACAUAGUUGAGUCACACCAUUUUACAGACAGUCUACAGAGGUGAGGUCCUGAAGGAAUAGAAUAAAGUGCAGGUCAGCAUAAUAAUGCAGCCUGUCUCAAACAGAGUUAUAAGUAUAUGGACAUGUAUGUCCCAAUUCAUACAUUGUAAACUACAUCCGAUUCAUUAUUAGAAAACUGCUACUUUAUGCAAUGUAGGUGUAAACAGCCACUUUGAUAUAAUCAUGUACACAUCAGAACAGACUAUCCUGGGACUAACAAUUAUAAGUACAUAUUCUACAUUUAUUUAACAUCUACCAAUUAUUAAGGUAUCUCUCAUUGACUGUUACCUUUAAUCUGGUAAUUGGCUUCCCUGGCAGUUUGGGAGAGGUGUUGGAUGACUAUCAUUUAAUCAAACACACAUAGUACAUAAUUAUAUGUAUGACAAUAUCAUGACUGUUGACUCUACAUUUCCAUUGUACCCAUCAUGAUUGUGGUUUGGUGUGAA